GCCAAUCCCUCUCUUCAAAACCGACGAGUACUGAGAAGAUAGUUUGUAUCCAAUACGCAAGGCUAUAUAGCUUAUUGCAAGAAAGAUCAUAUACAAACCCUUUCAUAUCAAUCAAGAUGAGCGAGAAUUUCAAUUUCCCCAACUUUGCCCAACAGGGACAACCCCAACCCCAAAACCUUUCUAGGGCAUCUGAUUCAUCAUCCAGGGAGGACAACAGUAGGGCUGGGCACGACAACCUCCUGCCGAUCGCCAACGUCGGGCGGAUCAUGAAGGAUGCCCUCCCGCCGCAGGCUAAGAUAUCGAAGCGCGCCAAGGAGACCAUCCAGGAGUGCGCCACGGAGUUCAUCGGCUUCGUCACCGGCGAGGCCUCCGAGAGGUGCCGCCGGGAGAGGCGGAAGACGAUCAACGGCGACGACAUCUGCCAUGCCAUGAGAAGCCUCGGUCUCGAUCACUACGCCGACGCCAUGCGCAGGUACCUGCAGAGGUACCGGGAGAGCGAGGAGCUCGCGGCCGCGCUCAACAGCGGCGGCGGUGGCGGCGGCAUCCAGAUCGACGUGAGGGCUGAGCUGUCGAUCUUCAGGGGCGACGAGCAGCAAGGCAGAAAUUAACCCUGACGUGUACUGUUCUUGCAGAAUCAAUGCACUCCUCACCUCUGACGCGAUGAGAUUGGAAGAACUCUCCUAUGUAAGCAUGUCAAUCAUGGAGUCGUGUGUUCCUUUUUCUUGUCCAUGUUCUGAUCUCGAUCUUGAUUCCUGUAACGCGUGUAAUUUCCGUGGUUCGUGUGAACGUUUUGGAGGAAGAGGUCGAUGGUGCUC